UCAAAGCGGCCUAAUAUCUAUAUUGACAAAGGCUAACAAACUAUGGGUGACCGAAACCCGUUGACCCGAUUGUACCAUUUCAUUAGGGAUUCUUACGAACUACCAUAGGCGGCGACUGCGGCAAAGAAAUAGAAACCGUCUUUGUAUGGCUGAGUACGGCACCGACCUUGCAUGGCCGAGUACUCUAACACACGGCGACGUACUGACACUCCCUCCAGUUCUGUUGCUUUCCACGUUACAUCUCCACUCACAUGGGGAUCUACUUUCACUUUCACUGAGUUAUUUUAAAGACCAAAGUUACUAAUAUGCUGAGGUGCAAAGUGAAGGGUGAGCGGUCAAUGACUACCUCCCUUUAAAUCGGGUUGUGCCACUCAACCACCGUGUUGACAUGGAGACAUUGAGAGUUCACGACAGAACUCGCAACUCACAAAUAUUAGCCGCUGUCAAUUUCCCCGUCCAAGGCAAAGGCAACUCCGUGGUUGGGAUGUAUACAACAAUAGUGAAGUUGGGAUCACCACCAAGGGAUUAUACUGUUAUGAUUGAUACAGGGAGUGACCUUCUGUGGGUUAGUUGCAGUUCUUGCGAUAAUUGCCCUCAAUCUAGUGGGCUUGGGUUUAAACUAAAUUUCUUUGACAUGGUCGGUUCAUCCACGGCUGCGUCGAUUCUUUGCUCGGACCGCCUAUGCCCUAUUGGGGUUCAAGGUGCGGUUGUUCGAUGCCCUCCUCCUACUAAACAGUGCGGAUACACCUAUGGGUAUGUAGAUAAUAGUACUACCUCGGGUGUUUACGUCAUCGAUGAAAUGCAUUAUGAUAUGAUCCUCGGACAGUCCUCUCAUUCCGGUGUUAACACUUCAGGCACUGUGUUUUUUGGGUGUAGUACCCAUCAAGAUGGAGGUUUGACUGAGACAUCAAGAGCGAUUGACGGAAUCUUUGGGUUUGGCCCUGGUCCUCUGUCUGUUGUAUCGCAACUGUCAGCACGAGGAACCAUACCCAGAGCUUUCUCUCAUUGCUUGAAAGGAGAUGGAAAUGGAGGAGGCAUUUUAGUUCUUGGUGCCGUUGUAGAGCCAAGUAUUGUGUACAGUCCCCUUGUCCCACCAUCACAGCAACAUUACUACUUGAAGCUUGAGAGUGUUGCUGUCAAUGGACUUCCCCUCUCAAUUAACCCAGAUGCAUUUGCAUCAACAAAAUAUGCCGAUAGAGGAACUACUAUUGACAGUGGUACAGCAUUGGCGUAUCUUGUUCAAGCAGUCUACGAUCCUCUUAUCGCUGCAGUAAGAUUUCUUGUACCUAGCCGAAUACAUUGAAAUGUAGAAUUUUGUUGGGAUAUUAUUUUGCUUGGCUUUUCUAUGAUGAGUAGUUUUGCUUUGUGAGAAA